GCGAUUCAAUAAGAUGUAUUAUUCGCGAGGGAAAUUGUUUUAAUCGUAGUGUGAACAAAUAUAUCUGGCGGAAGAUUAUAUAUGAUUAUCUGAUAGGAACAAAUAAACACAGAAUACACCUGUAUUACGGCACUCGGUAAGAGGUCAGACAGGUUAUCUAAUACAAACGAAACCAACAGAAUGUCUGAACAAGACGGAUUUGGCAAUGAGUAUUUAUUGCCUUCGAUUGUCAUCAAAGAUGUUCGAAAGAGCUAUUACCCGAACCUCGCCCAGCCAGUCCACAGUUUGACAGCGAACCGCAUGUUCGCGUACCUCUACCCAACCGGGUAUACUAGGAACAGCAUGAGUUCCUUUCGGACUGGCCAUCCAGUUCUUCCCAGUGUUAAAUACAAUUAUGGAUUUCAGGACAAGAAAAACAAAGGGAAGAAAACAAGAACAGACAAGCUAACAUUAUCUAUCGGAUUAACAUCACCGUAUUAUCUCACCGACUUACGGAAAUCUACCCCGAGGUAUCGGGACCGCACUAGGGUCUAUCUCAGCAGGCAACGUCCACCACGACAAAGGACUGUCAAGCCCCUGGUCAGGUUCCGACGAGUGGUCAAGACUGUCCAGGUGUUAUUACGAGCAACCCUCACUAAUAGACAGACCCAUCGAACGGACGCCAAGUACCUGUCGUGGGCUCACGAUGACUUCUCGUCUUCCAAGAGAACGUACGAGUUGUUCGGCCUCAGUUUUGAUCCUAGUGACUACAGGGCGAAAAAAGAGGUGUACCUAAGCAACGAGGCUAAGGUUAUCCUGUCGAUGGAUCCAAGGGACAGAACUGACGACCAUCUAAAGGUGGCGCUACUAGCGCUCAAUAAUGCCGUGGAGGCUUUUGGUGAAUUUCCCAUCACCAUGCAACGCUCUCUAGUCCGAGUCGGUUGGUAUGAAUGUUUUGAAGACAAACGGGUCAUCAUUCGUCAAGGUCACAUGGCUGACAAUUUCUACUUCAUCUUGUCUGGUACAGCGGUCGUAACGAUAUUAGAGACAGAUCAAGACACAAAAGAACAGCUAGUCCGAACGGCGGCCCUUCUUGGCAAGGGUAAUAGUUUCGGGGAAUUAGCGUUAAUGCACGGCGCCAAGAGGAGCGCAACUGUGACGUGUAAAAACAGCGUGGAGCUGCUAGCGGUGGGCAGGGACGAUUUUAUCGAUAUAUUCAUGCCUGUGGAAAAGGACCAAGAGCCAGAACACAUUCGAUUCCUGCGUUCUGUCAUCUUACUGAGGGGCUGGCCGAUCGUCAGGCUUCCAUACCACGACCCAAAAAUAUGCUGCUUCACGUAUUUCCGACGCGGGCUUCUCCUUUGCAAAGACAGCAAUACGUCAGAAUGGGUUUACGUAAUCAAAACAGGCACCUGUCGGGUUUUGAAGGCACUUCAAACCACUCGACCAAAUAUUCCUGGACUAGAACCCAAUCCUAAGAAAAAUCAGAAACCAUUAAAGUUACCUCCCAUCACGCAUUCACAAUCUGUGUCGUCAUCAUCAACAUCCCUUUCUUCAUCUAUCGACUGGGGUUCCCCUCGCUCCCCUAGGAUCUCCUCGAAUGACGGACAUAUACCAAAGAAGUUCCGGAAGUGCACAACAGAAACAAUGGCGAAUCUUUUCUCCAAGCAAUCAAAAGAAGAGCGUCUCUCUUCAGCUGAUCAUAAGCGUCGAAUCGAUAAAGUGUUUGAGAGAACACACGCAAAUACAUCUAGAAGAGGAAAAGAACGUUUACCGACCCACAAAGACCUUGAAAGCAUUCCAAGCAGUUCUGAACUCAACAAACAGCAGGAUACAGUCUUCGUACAGAUACAGAAGCUGGGGCCGAAGGAGACGUACGGCCUGGAACAGGUUGCCUUUGGAAUGAUAGGUAAAACCACCAGCACGAUAUUGGUAUCGGAAGGAGCGGAGUGUAUCCUCAUCAACCGGAAAUUUUUCAAACAAUAUCUUACAGACGAAGAAGCCAAACGAAUACGACACACAUUACAACCGAUUCCUACCGAGGAAAGUUUACAGCAGAAGUUACAGGACAAAACCAAUUGGGAAGCAUACAAGGCCUUAACUGUUGUUACUCACCUACUAUACAAACGUCAAGAGGACAACAACGCAUCUCCGUUCUACUAAAACAUUGUAACAAAUCUACUAUACAAACGACAAGAGGACAACAGCACCUCUCUGUUCUACUGAAACAUUUGACAAAUCAACUAUACAAACGACAAGAGGACAACAACAUCGCUCUGUUCUACUGAAACAGUGUAACAAAUCUACUAUACAAACGACAACAGGACACAUUUGACAAAUCUACUAUACAAACGACAAGAGGACAACAUUGUAACACAUCUACUAUACAAACGUCAAAAGGACAACAACGCCUCUCUGUUCUACUUAAACAUUUGACAAAUCUACUAUGCAAAGGUCAAGAGGACAACAACGCCUCUCUGUUCUACUGAAACAUUGUAACAAAUCUACUAUACAAACGUCAAGAGGACAACAACGCCUCUCUGUUCUACUGACAACAUUGUAACAAAUCUACUAUACAAACGUCAAGAGGACAACAAUACCUCUCUGUUCUACUGACAACAUUGUAAUAAAUCUACUAUACAAACGACAACAGGACAACAACGCCUCUCUGUUCUACUGAAACAUUUGACAAAUCUACUAUACAAAGGACAACAGGACAACAACGCCUCUCUGUUCUACUGAAACAUUGUCACAAAUCUACAAUACAAACGACAAGAGGACAACAACGCCUCUCUGUUUUGCUGAAACAUUGUAACAAAUCUACUAUACAAAGGACAAGAGGACAACAAUACCUUUCUGUUCUACUGAAACAUUGUAACAAAUCUACUAUACAAACGACAACAGGACAAUAACGCCUCUCUGUUCUACUGAAACAGUGUAACAAAUCUACUUUACAAAGGACAAGGGGACAACAAUACCUCUCUGUUCUACUGAAACAUUGUAACAAAUCUACUUUACAAAGGACAAGAGGACAACAAAACCUCUCUGUUCUACUGAAACAGUGUAACAAAUCUACUAUACAAACGACAACAGGACAACAACGCCUCUCUGUUCUACUGAAACAGUGUAACAAAUCUACUAUACAAAGGACAAGAGGACAACAAUAACUCUCUGUUCUACUGAAACAUUGUAACAAAUCUACUAUACAAAGGACAAAAGGACAACAACACCUCUUUGUUCUUCUGAAAAAAUGUACCAAAUCUACUAUACAAACGACAACAGGACAACAACGCCUCGUUGUAAUAUUGAAACAUUUUAACAAAUCCACUCUACAAACGUUAGUAGGAAAAGACGGGUUCUACUGAAGCAGACCACGAUGCAAUCACAUUUGGUUGUAUCAUUUUAUCGAACCAUACAACAGCGUCGAGAUAGGAUAUUACAAAACGAGCCCUACCCGAUAAAACUGUACCCUCACCAAUGGCGUUCAAAGCUGUCGCUAAUGUUUCCUUGGCUUACAGAAUAAGACAAAUCAAAGCAUUAGAGUAGUCACUGCAUCCCGCUGAUAACCAGAAAAAAAUCAUGGAACUUGAUAUUGUUUCUCGAAUAUUUGUACUGACUUCGUGACAGAAAAUGACUCUAUUUUCUCCUAGUUGAAUGAGACAAAAAGUGUUUUUAUUCACAGCACCGGGGAAUAGGAACGUAUGUGCCGAAGAGUUUGUUAUGGAAAAAAGAGAUACUAGAACUGCUAGGAUUGUAACCACCAGUGAAAAGUGUAACUUGGUCUAGUUGAUUUGUGUUUAUUCCUUUACAGUAAUACGGGUGUGGCAGUUACCGGUAGAGUGGCAAAUAUAUUACGUUACCAACAAGUGCCGAUGACUAAACAAACUGUUCAAGUGAUGCUAAUUUUUUUUUAUUAACAACAUUGAACCGAGUAUACAUGUACCAUAAUACUGUAUUACAAAACAUUGUUUUAACUUUAAGCCUGAUAUGUGAAUGUUAUCAUUGACUGAAGCAUGCAUCAUUUUCCCAGUUAUUUAUACUGAAAACAUGUCUGUUUCCCAUCAAGUCACAAAUGAAUAUUUAUUAGAUAUUUGAAAUACGUGGUUUCAUUUAAUUUUAGUACGUAAGUCGCAAUUAAGUGAUUAUGUAAUGGUCAACGAUAUGUUAUAGAUGACUUAACUACUUGGAAUGUGUAUAUAGCAUUAUGUGUUAUGAAUUGUGUAUGGGGAUAUCUAUGAACAGAACAGUGUGAAUGAAACAGAGCGAAUGAUUCUUGAAAACUUAUAUGACUAACUCCACAACUACUAUGUACUAACUUACAAAUAGUAUAUAUAUAUAUGAAUUAA